AUGCCCACUCAGCUGGAGGUGGCCAUGAACAUCAUGAUUACGACCUUCCACCGGUACUCUUGCAAGGCAGGGGACAGAUUCAAGCUCAGCAAGGGGGAACUGAAAAUGCUCCUGCAGCGAGAGCUCACGCAGUUCCUCUCGUGCCAAAAGGACCCCCAGUUGGUUGAUAAGAUAAUGCAGGACCUGGAUGCCAAUAAGGACAAUGAAGUGGAUUUUAAUGAAUUCGUGGCCAUGGUGGCAGCUCUGACAGUGGCUUAUAAUGAUUACUUCGUAGAACAAUUGAAGAAGAAAGGAAAAUAA